ACAAAAUAAAACAACUACUUCAGGGAUCAAAGAUCCCAGUCUGCCCAAAUCUUUGCAUGCACUCGUCUUGAAUUUCCUGACGCGUACAAGCCCAGUCCUAAUUUCCUGCCAUAUAAUACUUCCAAUCCCGACUUCAAAUUCUUCAACUUCCCCCUUAUCCCCCUCAUUGUUUACUUGGUCGACAACCCUGACUUUUAUUCCCAAGCAGACCAAGUAAACUAUUGGAUUGGAAUCUCUCUCUCAUUCAAUGAGAUGUAUAUGUACACACACACAAAUGCACCUCUAUAUAUGUAUUUUUAAAGGGCACCUUUCAAUUUUCAAUUAGCAUAUGAGAAUCGAGUUACUAAGUUGGAGCCAAAAUGCCUUUCCUAUUCACAACCGUUAGAACAGCUCCAAAAGCUUGGUUUCUGUUUUCUAGAGUGAUCUCCAUUGUUCUAAUUCUUUCCCAUGGAUUGAUCACUCCUGCAGAAUCCAACAAUGAUGAAUGGCACAUGAACAUCGGUGUGAUAGUUGAUGCCAACUCCCGUUCUGGCAAAGAAGAAACAACAGCUAUGCUGAUAGCAGCUCAAAACUUCAACAAAAAUGCAUCGAACAAUGGAAAGCUGUUUCUCCACUUUCGAAACUCCAGCGGAGACCCCCUUAAAGCAGCAUCUGCAGCCGAUGAGCUUAUCAAAGAGAAGGAUGCACAAGUGAUCAUUGGUAUGGACACAUGGCAGGAAGCAGCUUUGGUAGGUCAGGUUGGGAACCGAGCUCAAGUCCCAGUUAUUUCCUUUGCUACAGCUUCCAUUGCCCCGCCAUUAUCGCAACUCCGAUGGCCCUUCUUGGUGCGAAUGGCAAGCAACAUCAAGGUUGAAAUGAGAUGCAUCGCGGCUAUUGUUCGCUCCUAUGGCUGGCGACGGCUUGUAGUAAUCUAUGAAGAUGACGCAUACAGUGGUGAUUCAGGAGCGGUGAGUCUUUUAUCAGAGGCUCUUUGGGAGGUUGGCUCGGAGAUUGAAUGUCAUUUGAUUCUUCCACCGGUCUCCUCUCUUUCUGAUCCAAAAGAGUUUGUUCAUGAAAGGCUAGAAAAGUUGAGGACCACAAAACAGUCGAGGGUGUUUAUUGUUCUUCGGUCCUCAUUAUCUCUGACGGCCCAUUUGUUCAGAGAAGCAAAGAAGAUGGGUCUCAUGGGGAAAGACUCGGCCUGGAUAGUGACAGACGCUAUUACAAGCUUCCUGCACUCCUUUAACAACGCUGUUCAUUUUUCCAUGAAUGGUGCAUUAGGAACAAAGACCUACUAUGAGAAGAAUGAUCCUUUUGAGGACUUCAGUUAUCAGUUCCAGAAAAUUUAUCGGUCGGAAUAUCUUGAGGAAGAUAAGUUCGAACCCGGUAUUCAUGCUUUAAGAGCAUAUGACAGCAUUAUCACAAUUGCACAUGCCAUGAAGAAAUUAGCUAGUAAUAAGUCUAGUAAUUCAAAGAUGUUACUGCAAACUAUACUGUCAAGCAAUUUCCCUGGUUUAAGCGGGAAAAUCAACUUUAAACUGGGUGAAUUAUCAGAGCCCCCAUUAUUCAGAAUUGUAAAUGUAAUUGGAAACGGGUACAAAGAGCUCGACUUUUGUUCACCCAAGUCCGGGUUCUUGGAGAACCUUGUUAUUGAAGGAAAGGAAGAUGGAAGCCGUAAUGCUGGUGGCACCACCGAAAUGGUGACUGGGUUGGUGAAUUGGCCAGGGGAUCUAAACCGUGUUCCAAAAGGUUGGGCAAUGCCUACUGAUGCACAGCCGCUGAAGAUUGGAGUUCCGGGCAGAUCAUCCUUUGAGAACUUUGUGAAGGUUGAUCGAACGAAGACUGCCAGUGAUCAGACUAAAUAUUCUGGUUUCUGCAUCGAUAUAUUCGGGGAAGUGGUGAAACGUUUGGAGAAAAAUUAUGCUCUGCCUUUUGAAUUUUCCCCUUUCGAUGGCACCUACGAUGCCCUAGUUGAUAAUGUCUAUAACAAGACUUUUGAUGCUGUUGUCGGAGAUGUGACGAUCCUAGCUGAGCGGAUGGAGCUUGUGGAGUUUACUCAGCCAUUUUCUGAGUCCGGUCUGUGGAUGAUCGUCCCGGUGAAAUCAGAAUCACGUAAGGCAUGGAUGUUCUUUAAGCCUUUCACUUGGGAAAUGUGGCUAGUAACUGCUGCCAUCUUGAUAUACACAAUGAUCGUAGUCUGGUUCUUGGAGCAUAGAACCAAUCCGGAUUUCAGAGGCCAAUGGAAAGAUCAGCUUGGCACAGCACUUUGGUUCACCUUCUCCUCCCUUUUCUUUGCUCACGGGCAAAGAAUUAACGGCAACCUCACCCGAGCAGUAGUAGUGGUGUGGCUUUUUGUUGUAUUGAUCUUAACAUCAAGCUACACGGCCAGUCUCAGCUCAAUGCUCACUGUUCAACGAUUAGAACCAAAUGUGACAGACAUCAAUUGGCUGAGGAGUUCACACCAGAAAGUUGGUUGUGAUGGCGAUUCAUUUCUAAGGAAAUACCUUGAGAAUGUGCUUCAUUUCAGUACACACAACAUCAUGAACAUUAGCGCUGCGUACAGUUAUCAAGCAGAGCUCAAAAAACGAGACAUCGCAGCCGCAUUCCUUGAAGUCCCACAAGGGAGAGCUUUCCUCAAUCAGUACUGCGAGGGCUACACUGUUACCAAACCCUCCUACAAAUUUGGAGGACUGGCCUUUGUAUUCCAGAAAGGGUCUCCCAUAGCACCUGAUGUCUCCAAAGCCAUACUAGACAUGUCUGAAGAUGGUACGCUGAAGAAACUGGAAGAAUUCUGGCUUUCCCCGACAACAGUGUGUUCAGCGGCCAUGAAUUCCACCAACAACGAAAGCUUGGGCCUCCAGAGCUUCUGGGGUCUCUAUGUAAUCUCUGGAGGCACUUCCACUUUCUGCCUUCUUCUAUUCUUUGUUCUGUUAUUAAAGAAGUUCAGCAGGUCACAAGAGUCAUCUGAGGGCAACCUAACUCCAAGCGACAAGAGUGUAUGGAACAGAGCCAAAAGACUUGCACAAUACUUCGAUGAAGGAAAUGUUAAGACUCCCGGAAGAAUGACUCCGGCUGUUGCUCAGUCCGAAGUUGAUGAAUGGGAAUAUGUGACUGCCGCUACACCAGAGCAACCUCAGGCUUCUCACUCUGACAUUGAAUAUAUACAGCCGCCUCCUUGAAAAAGACUAGGUAUAAGACUUGCUCAUCUACCUAUAUUGAAAUGCACAGCCUAAAAAGGUUCAUGGAGUCCACAUCUUUCAGCUGAGCAUGUCCAAACAUGCUUUGUUCUUGCAGGAAAGGUCUCAGAAUUGCAUGUGCAGAACAAGGGUUUCUGAGAGAUUAAAUUGGAUAUCGUGAUAAAAUUAUACCCCCUCCUCCAAAUGCACGGACAAUGUAUCUUUAGCAUGAUGGAUUAUUUUAAAUUUGUAACUGUAAAGACCCAAAAAACCCUGACCACAGUCGAAUAAGCCAUCUUAAAAAAAUUACAAGCAUAAAUUUUCAGUGGA